AUGGCUGCAAUCAGACUUAUUUGUUCUACAUCUGAAUGUGUCUUUUGUGUCUUUGUCCUUUUCUCAGGAGGCCUGUUCUUCGCCGAGCCGAUGAGAGACAAUAAAUACGUGACCAUGAUGGACCCGUUCCAGAUCAAAUAUGGAAAAGUACCGACGGCCGCUCUGUCUCUGGCUUCGCUCAUAUCAGAGAUUAUGUGGGUAACAGGAACACUCAUAGGAUUAGGUGUCACCAUGAGUGUGAUCCUGAACUUGUCGUACACCGUGAGCAUCUGGAUCUCUGCUGCCGUGGCGAUUACCUACACCCUGAUGGGAGGGCUGUACUCUGUGGCAUACACCGACAUCAUCCAGCUCGUCCUCAUCUUCAUCAGCCUGUGGCUGUGCGUCCCUUUCGCUCUGACGGGUCCGGCAGUCACAGAUAUCACAAAGACCGCCUACAACUACACCUUCCAGAACCCGUGGGUAGGAACUCUGGAGGCCGACAGAGCCUGGAUGUGGAUCGAUAACUUUCUACUUCUGGGUUUGGGGAACCUGGGUCUCCAGAACUUCCACCAGCGGACGCUCUCAGCCGCCUCCUCGUCGACGGCUAAGAUCAUGUGCUUCGCCGCCGCCUUCAUCGUCCCCACGCUGGGAAUCCCCCCCAUCCUGUUAGGAGCUGCUGCUGCAUCCACCAACUGGAACAUGACGUCCUACGGCUCCCCCUCUCCGGCUGUCCGGGGGGAGGCAGGUCUGGUUCUCCCCAUCGUUCUGCAGCACCUCACCCCCACAUACAUCUCCAUCGUGGGCAUCGGAGCUGUGGCCGCCGCCGUGAUGUCAUCGACUGACUCCGCCCUCCUUUCUGCUGCCUCCAUCUUUACUGCCAACAUCUACAGGAGCAUCAUCCGACCCCAGGCGUCAGAGGGGGAGAUCCAGUGGGUGAUCCGGCUCUCGGUGGUGGUGGUGGGUUUGGCCGGGACCUCCCUCACCUUCCUGGAUAACAGCGUUCUGAUGAUCUGGCUGCUGCGCUCAGACCUCACGUACACUCUGAUGCUGCCUCAACUCGUCUGCGUGCUUUUCUUCAACAUCUCCAACGGUUACGGCGCCGUUUUGGGUUGUUUUAUCGGCAUGUUGCUGCGGGUGUUGAGUGGCGAACCCCUGCUUAGAAUCCCCGCUUUAAUCAAGUUCCCAGGAGGCAUGGAGGUGGACGGUGUUUUUAUCCAAGGAGCUCCGGUGAGAACCAUCUGCAUGCUGUCCGCCUUGGCGUCCAUUUUGCUGUUUUCAUACCUGUUCUCCGUGCUCUUCAACAAGGAUUGGGUCCCGGAGCGUUGGGACGUGUUUAACGUGAAGGCGCAGUACUCGAUACAGACACAAGAAGAGAUGAAGUCCGACAUUAAGGAGGACAUUAAGGACGACAUUAAGGACGAGACCCUGAAGGAACAGAGUGAGAACAAUGAGGCGUGUGAACCUAUGUUAGAGUCGGCAUGUUAAAGUAGGAAUGCUCAUUUAAAAAACAUAUUUUAUACCAUUUUAAGGACUGGUUUAAGAACAACUAUUAAAUGUGAAACUACAUUAUUUUAAAAGUACAGUAUAUUUUGAAUUUUUUGUAUACUUUUAUAUACAGUUCAAGUGGGAGAAAACACGCACCAAUGUUCUUUUAUGUUAUAUUGAGAGCUUUGCAUUUUCUUUGCCUUUUUAUUUAAUUGAUUGUUUGACAAUUAAGACCCGGGCACUGACGUGUAAAGACACCACCUCCUCUAGGAGGCCCACAGGUGACGAGCAAACUACAACACAACACUUACAUUAGGUGCAGAAACGAUCCAAUAUAAAAACACAAAUGUUCCUCAUGAAGAAAGAUCUCCAGCAACUUGAGAACACGUGCAGCGUUUAGAGAGCAAUCAGCAGCUUGAGGAGACAUGGCAGCGUCUACUGAAAGCUGCAGAAAGCAAACGCUGAAGAAGCUCAAAACACAACGGAGACUCCCAACUUGUCAGUGUCCCCUGUGUCCUGCACUACGAAGCCAGUCCAACAGACCGUGGAUAUGUUUGAGUUCUCUUAACUAACCCUAACAGACGUGCUCUCGCUAAGCGCUCCUACGGCGCUGGUUAUCAACUCGGUAAAUCAACCCAGGGUUCCUCUCUCCGGCUGAGUGCGCGUUCACAUGAAAGGGGCGGGGUUAGCAACAUUGGACCAAUCACAAACGGUAGAAGUGUACUGACAGCGCAGCGUCAUAGUUCAUUAAUGAAAAGUAAGCUAUCAUGUUAGACAAAUAUGAAGAAGUUAAACUUUAAAAAUGUCUUAAAUAUAUAAUUUUAGUGUCCCCUGGUCUCCCAGCUGUGUGCGUCACUC